CUCCUCCUUGCUUUCCAGCGAGGAGCUGUCCCUUUAACACGGGAGGAGGGGUCAAGGCCCCGGGAGGCUGGCAGAAACCGGGCAGAGCCGGUGCCAGUCAGGCCUGUGGGCAGCCGCUGGUAGCCAAGUUGGUUCUGGGGACUCUUGAGCAGAAAGGCCGGGCGGCCGCCGGGAUGGAGCGCCCCCUGGCGGAGCGUGCCGAGGCCCGGCCCUUCCACGUGGUCACGCCUCUGCUGGAGAGCUGGGCGCUGUCCCAGGCGGCGGGCACCACCGUCUUCCUCAAGUGCGAGAAUGUGCAGCCCGCCGGCUCCUUCAAGAUCCGGGGCAUCGGGCACUUCUGCCAGGAGGCGGCCAAGAAGGGAUGCAGCCACCUGGUGUGCUCCUCAGGGGGCAACGCGGGCAUCGCAGCUGCCUACUGCGCCCGGAAGCUGGGCCUGCCCGCCACCAUCGUGCUCCCCGAGGGCACCUCCCAGCCCGUGGUGAGGAGGCUGCAGGGGGAGGGGGCCGAGGUGCAGCUUGCUGGAAAGGUCUGGGAUGAGGCCAAUCUGAGGGCCCAGGAGCUGGCCAAGAGGGACGGCUGGGUGAACGUGCCCCCGUUCGACCACCCCCUGAUAUGGGAGGGCCACGCCAGCCUGGUGCGGGAGCUGAAGGCAGCCCUGGGGACCCCGCCGGGGGCCCUGGUGCUGGCGGUGGGGGGCGGGGGGCUUCUGGCUGGGGUGGCGGCCGGCCUGGCGGAGGUGGGCUGGCAGCACGUGCCCGUGGUCGCCAUGGAGACGCGAGGGGCCCACUGCUUCCACGCGGCUCUGCAGGCGGGCAGGCCGGUCACGCUGCCGGACAUCACCAGCGUGGCCAAGUGCCUGGGCGCCAAGACGGCGGCUGCGGGCGCGCUGGCCUGCGCGCGGGAGCUCCGGGUCCUCUCGGAGGUGGUGGAGGACCGGGAGGCCGUGGACGCUGUGCAGAGGUUCCUCGAUGAUGAGCGCAUGCUGGUGGAGCCAGCCUGCGGCGCAGCCUUAGCUGCCGUCUACUCGGGCCUCCUGGGGCGGCUGCAGGCCGAGGGCCGCCUGAGCCCCACGCUGGCCUCCGUGGUGGUCAUCGUCUGCGGAGGCAACAACAUCGACAGCCGGGAGCUGCAGGCGCUGAAGGCCCAGCUGGGCUGGCGCUGAGGCCCCUGGAGCUGCCAAGGGGCCUCUGGGCUCUCAGACGGCCGUGGAAGCUACCCUGUGCGUCUGUGCUGGCCGCCGCCUCCAGGAAGCCCUCCAGGACUGCUCCCUCCGGCUCCCCCGCAGCCCCGACCAAUAAACUCUUUCAGAGUUGA